AUGGACGCGGACGACGAGCCGGCUUUGACGUAUUUCCUGCCCAACGGCAUCGCGGACGACUCGCCUCCCAAGAAGAGUCACAUAAAGGCGAGUUUUGGUCCUAUUGGAGGCCGCAACACUGCUACGGCCAGCAGCCAAUCAAUAGUCGCGUCUUCAGGGAAUGCAUCUACGGUCUCCGCAGCUCACGGAUCCUCGAAAUCGAGGAGUGACGUGGACUUUAGUGGCCUUCACGCGCGGCCUCGGCCGACGCUCGACCUGUCGCCAUUUGGCUCCGGUGGCGGUUCUACCUUGUCCCCAAGACCCACCAAUUACUUGCUAUCCGAUUUGGGAGGUGAAAUUCACACACCACGAUCAUCUCGGGACUUUGGAGACUCCGCUGGAUCGACACCAAGCUCCAGUAGCCCUUUCGGACUUGCCGGACCGUUUGGGCCAGCAAUUAGUGAUACAAAAGCAAUUGGAGGAGCUGGAUCCAUCAGAUCCCCCACAUCCAUGUUCAAUCGAGGCCAGGAGGCUGCCAAGAGCUUCUCGAUGCCAGCAGACAGUGGGAAUUCCGCAGUUUUUGGAGCUUCCGAGAGCCAAAACUUGUAUCGUGGAGGAGGAAUGGCGUCGUACUUAAGUGGCGCAGACACAUUUGGGUCUAGUUCAAUGCGGACGUGGCCGUCUACAGCGACAGAUGCAUCUCAACCGCGUCGGAUACUUCAGCGUCCGCCUGGAUUGGUUGGUCCUCCUGGACUCAGUGACUCCAGCACGAUGCAGACUCGCAUGCCACCGCGUGUAGCGGGAUCUCAAUUCGGUCCUUUCCUUCCGUCGCCUUCCAAUGAAGGUACAUCUGACAGAACCUUUUCAGGCGGUGAUGACCAGUAUGGACCCAGUUUACUGUCUAGUUUGAGACUAUCGACCGGUGUGUUUGGUGAAGACUCACUCACCGACGGACGAGUGUCAAACCCAGAGCUGGCUGAGCUGAACACGCACUCGUUAAGAGUUGGCGAGAUGGAUCGAAUGCAUGUUCGACAAGCUGUUGAUUCGGCGUCAACGAUGUGGGAUACUCGAGCCCCUACGACUUCCAGGAGAAUCGACAUUCAAGCGACAGCUAAAGCACCUCGAAGCCCGAAAAAGGCUCGAGAAGGAAGAAAGAAGUUUGAAGGUCGCUCGGAUCUACGAGCGAAAGCAUUGGAGUUCAGUAUGGACGCGAUCAACGCCUUAACACCGGGCUCUCCUAUGAGGCCGAGACGCUCGGAACGUGGACGUAAGGUGACUCCCCCCUUGGGUCACGACUCUCCGUCUUCGUAUGAUAGCAACCGCAACAAUAACGAGCAGACAAGAGGAAAGCGUCGCAACCACGUAGCGGAGAAGAGCGCAACGUCUUCCUCAUCGAACGCUGACAGCCGCAGACGUGUACAGACGAACCAAAGUGAAGAUUCUGGAUCGGUUGCCAACCCCCUGUCAGGUCUUGAAUCUCGCGGAAGCCCCACAAAGAUAGCUUCGCGAGAAAUCGGCAAAAGUAAACGCCGUGACGAUGCCAAGUCUGCAACUCGUAGUACUGCGAGACGGAAUCCCGGCAGAGGAAAUGACAAGAGUGCUGGGUCUACUCGUCGCCAGGUGUAUCGUGAGAAGCAAGUCAAGGAACCAGUCAAGGAGCUGUCAUUGGAGAGAUCAAGCGCAUCGAACUCCCCCCAGGAACGAGGCGUGGAGAGCGACAGCCAGAAUAUCGUUGCUAAGCUUACGGAACCAAAGGAAACUGUCACGCAAGAAGCUAAAAGCAGCUCUGCCACCCACAAAGCGCUCGAUGUUGGCUCUGUAGGCUCAAGUAUCACCAAGGACGGUAGUGAAAAUACUGAUGAAGUGACUGCAAAGGGGCCUAGUGUCAACGAUGAUGCUGCGUCAGGCGAUGAUGUUGACGAUACGAAGAACUCAGACGAGGACGCCGACAGCAUCCCGGUCGCUGACAAUGUUCUACGUGACACUUCUGCAGUGGAUCGAACAAGCCCGAAACGUGAAUCGUUUUCGUCUAGCGAUGCUAUUGAAGAUGCAGUUGAAGAGCUGAAAGAGGAACGUCGAGAGAUCAAAGCGGACGCCCCAGAGUCGUCUCUAGAAAGCUCCGAAUCCGACGCGGAACAAGCUCAAGUAGCUAAUAAUCAGCAACGUGCAGCGUCGAAGAAGAAGUCAAAGAAGGCAGCUCUUGCUCCGGCUAUGAGUCAGCCUGGAAGCAGCCAGUUUCGUCGUGAGCCAUCCCAAGUUGAGAAGAAGCCAACUGCAAAGGAACAACGCAAGGAGAAGCCUAAGAAGGACAAGGCUGACAAGAAGAAAACUCGAGGAAAGAAGGACAAGAGGGGGCCAUCUUUGAUUUCAAAACCUUCCGACGUUUCCAACGAUAUAGCCACCGAAGCGCAAGACAAACUACUAGAGGCGUUCGCUACCAAAAGUACGCCGUUGUCCACGAGGAUCAGUCAGGGGCUACGCGAGGGAGGUGCCGCUGCUGCUUCAGCUGCACUAGCUGCUUACCUUGGCACGCGACGUGGCUGUGCCUGGGUUGCUGGCCAACUGAACGUCAAGGGUCUACUGGCCACCACGGUUUCGUACGUGGAGUCAGUGCUGGCUGUGGUGUUUAGUGUGGUUCUGCUGCUGUCACUCCAUGCGGCCUCAUGGUUCAUUCGCAUCCAUCGUGUCGCUUUCCGCGCGAUCUUGACCCAUCGCCAUAUCGGCUUCUGCUUCGCCUUCCUUUAUGGGUUCCCCUUCCUGGUUCAGUACGUAUUCCCGUGGGCUCCACCUUGGGCGCCGGUGUGUCUCUGGUACGCGUUCUUGGUCCAGCUAUUCUGCACGAACGGCCCCACCGCCAUGGUCACAACGUUCCGCGUUAUUUUACCGCUCGUCUUCCUGGUCGAAGGCAUAUCGCACCACAGCUUCCUAUUGGAUUUGAACGGUGCGGAACUAUUGCUCGCCUCAUUCAUCAUCUCAGCGGUGAAGACUAGCAAUUUGUGCAGCCCCAUCUUCUUCCUGUCGCUUGCAACACAGUGCCUGCUUGCUGUUUCCCUGGGGUCCGAGCUACUCGUCCAGUGGCUUCAGCUCGCUCUGGCGCUGUACUCUCUACACGUCAUGGCCGUGACCGAAGAUGAAUGGAUUGGAAUGGGCGAGGAGGAAGAUGAGAUGUCUUGCCACCCGGUGUCAAUGCAUCACUCAAUUGCAGACUACAAUCACCAUCCGGCCCCUUCAAGUGCAGUUUCCAUCCAAAAAACCAAACGCCUAGACCGUCGUGCACUCGCCUACGUUCGUGGACGCAAGUUGCGCUAAGAUAACAGAGAAAGAUCGGUUGGUAGGCCAACACACAGUAAUGAAUUUCAAGUCGGAAGUUGCCGUGGAGUUGUUUCGUUUU